GAUCCCGAUUUUUCGGUUGUAACGGAGAAUUCGCAAUUUUUUUUGGGUUUUUUUUUAUAGAAGAAAACUGGUUCGAAUUUCACAGUUGUGAUUCGAAACCAUUCGAUUAUUUGCAAUAAUUUUACUCAAAGAUGGUUGCCUUUGGGAAGAAGUUGAAAGAAACUCAAAUUCAAGAAUGGCAAAGAUACUACAUCAACUACAAAUUAAUGAAGAAGAAAGUAAAGCAGUACUCUCAACAAAUUGAGGUUGGAGCACAAGAUCGCCGUUAUGUUCUCAAGGAAUUUUCAAGAAUGCUCGAUAAUCAGAUUGAAAAGAUUGUUCUGUUUCUCUUAGAACAACAAGGGCAACUUGCAAGCAGGAUUGCCGAGCUUAAUAAACAGCAUGAGGCUCUUCUACAGCAGCCAGAAAUAUCCUCAAUAGCUCAACUGCGAGAAUCAUAUAGAGCGGUGGGACAAGAUCUUUUAAGGCUUCUCUUUUUUGUUGAGAUGAAUGCUAUUGGCUUGCGUAAGAUACUGAAGAAGUUCGAUAAACGCUUUAGGUAUAGAUUCACUGAUUAUUAUGUCACAACUCGUGCAAAUCAUCCUUAUUCCCAGCUCCAGCAAGUGUUCAAACAAGUGGGGAUAGGGGCUGUUGUAGGAGCCAUUUCGCGCAAUCUCGCUGAUCUUCAAGACCGUCAUGGAAGCUACCUAUCAAUUUAUGAUCAGCCAGCAGUUCCUCUUCAGGAUCCUGUUAUUGAUUCAAUUAAAGCUGCAGUAGACAGGUUGACACAUUCCACAAAUUUCCUUCACUUUCUCGGACAACAUGCACUUAUUAUGCAAGAAGAAUUACCAACUCCAUUGGAGGAUCAUGUUGAUGAUGAGAGUUAUCAUUUCAUGUCACUUCUUUUGAACUUAGCAAACACCUUCCUCUAUAUGGUCAACACAUAUAUUGUUGUUCCAACAGCGGACAACUACUCGCUGAGCUUAGGAGCUGCAGCAACAGUUUGUGGUGUUGUGAUUGGGUCCAUGGCUGUUGCACAGUUGGUUUCUUCAGUGUAUUUCAGUGCAUGGUCAAAUAAAUCAUACUUCAGGCCACUUAUAUUUAGCAGUAUUGUUCUUCUUGUGGGAAAUGUUUUAUAUGCAUUGGCUUAUGAUCUUGAUUCCAUAGCAGUUCUUCUUAUUGGUCGUCUAUUUUGUGGGUUGGGUUCUGCAAGAGCUGUUAACCGGCGUUAUAUUAGUGAUUGGGUUCCUCUUAAAAUACGAAUGCAGGCUUCAGCAGGUUUCGUCAGUGCUAGUGCUCUUGGGAUGGCAUGUGGUCCGGCUCUUGCUGGACUUCUUCAAACUAAUUUUAAAAUUUACAAGUUAACAUUUAAUGAAGACACCCUGCCUGGUUGGGUUAUGGCACUGGCAUGGUUCAUCUAUUUAAUAUGGUUGUGGAUUUCAUUUAAAGAACCUAUUCGUGAGACUGAAGCGAAAAACGUACAACAGGAAGCUAGUGCUCGUCCAGCAGAAAAUGAUGCAAUGGAAAAAGGUCUGGCACAACCUUUGCUUUUAAAUUCAGAAGACAAGCAACAAGAUGAAGAAGGUGAACAAGAAUGUGAUGGAAGUGAAGAAGCUUCUGAGGAAUCACACAGACCAGCUGCUUCAAUUGCAUCAGCAUAUCGUUUGCUUACACCAUCAGUAAAGGUGCAGUUGUUGAUUUACUUCAUGCUCAAAUAUGCUAUGGAGAUAUUACUUGCUGAGUCUAGCGUCAUUACGUUUUAUUACUUUAGUUGGUCAACCAGCUCAGUUGCAAUAUUUCUUGCCUGUCUUGGGCUUACGGUACUUCCAGUAAACAUUGUUGUCGGAAGCUACAUUAGCAACAUGUUUGAAGACAGGCAAAUUUUACUGGCAUCGGAAAUUAUAGUAGGGAUAGGCAUACUCCUAAGUUUCCAUGUAUUCGGCCCAUAUUCUGUACCACAGUAUGUCUGUUCAGCACUCAUCACAUUCGUGUCUGCUGAGGUUCUUGAAGGUGUCAACCUAUCACUCCUAUCUCGGGUCAUGUCAUCUAGGCUUGCUCGUGGGACCUACAAUGGUGGACUACUUUCAACAGAAGCUGGGACCUUGGCUCGGGUAAUUGCAGACGGCACGAUAACACUGGCUGGGUACUUGGGACAGAGUAGGCUAUUGAAUGUAACCCUACUUCCUUCACUCUUCAUUUGCAUAUCCUCCAUUCUCGCCACCUGCUUCACCUACAACUCACUCUAUUGAUUUAAUAUCCUUGGACACCCAGUCAUCUGCAUGUGCCUCCAUUCUUUCCCAAAAGGGUUUUUCCCUCUAAACUUUCUUAAGUCACAGCUGUAUAGUUACUCUGGAAGCCAAUUGUUAGAUUUUUAGAACAUAAUAAUUUGUCAAUCAGUUCUAUGAA